GAAAAUGUUUGUGUUGAAAGGUUCAUCUUGUAAAACAUCCUUCAUUAUUGUGUAAAUGGGCACAAGCUAUGUGUUAUGGCCAGUUCUUCUAAUGUGUCUAUAGAUGAAAGUGAUGGAGAUAUUACUAAGGAAAGUAUUGUCACUCAAGAGAAUGGCAUUGAAGAGACUGACGGCGUGAUAGAUCGUUAUGGAUUCAUUGGGAACAGGAAUCCAAAUCACUCUGCAGCUUUACCCAUUGAAAUAUUGAGACAAAGAGAAUUGAAAUGGCUGGAAAUGUUAGAAAAUUGGGACCUUUUCAUGACAAAAAAAUACAAGAAGGUGAGAGAACGUUGCAGGAAAGGCAUUCCUCCUGCCCUUAGAGCGAGAGCAUGGCAGUAUCUAUGUGGGGCAAAAUUUUACAUGGAAAACUACCGCCAUAAGUUUACAGAACUGGAUGGUGCUGUUGGUGAUCCAAGAUGUGUUGAAGAUAUUAAAAAAGAUCUUCAUCGCCAGUUUCCUUCUCAUGAAAUAUUUGUCAAGAAUCAAGGGCAUGGCCAGGCAGAUCUGUUUAGAAUUUUGAAAGCAUAUUCUUUAUUCAACCCAUCUGUGGGUUACUGUCAAGCUCAAGCACCAAUUGCUGCAGCCUUGUUGAUGCAUAUGCCUGCUGAGCAGGCAUUCUGGUGUUUGGUUGCCAUUUGUGAAAAAUAUCUUCCUGGAUAUUAUAGUCCCGGAUUGGAAGCAAUCCAAAUUGAUGGUGAAAUCUUAUUUGGUCUCAUAAAAAAAGCUGCACCAUCUAUUCAUAAACAUUUAAAAAAGCAAAAAGUUGAACCUAUCUUAUACAUGACAGAAUGGUUCAUGUGUGCUUUCUCUCGAACUCUACCCUGGUCAUCUGUUUUGCGAGUAUGGGAUAUGUUCCUUUGUGAAGGUAUUAAAGUACUUUUCAAAGUGGCUUUGGUGAUCUUAAAAUGUGUUUUGGGAAAACAAGAAACUUUGAAGAAUUGUCCUACAAUGUAUGAAACAUUGGAAUGCUUGCGCCAUAUACCUGCUGAAUAUUUACAAGAUGAUUUCUUAAUAAUGCAGGUUCUUAAACUAAACAUAACAGAAAAUGAUAUGGAAAAAGAACACCAAAAACAAAUUGCUAAGAGACGCACUCUGAAAGAGCAGCAGAUGAUGCAAGAGCAUGCCAACGGCACAUCUAAAAGGACACCUAAAUCUCACAGAGAUUAG